AUGACGUAUAACAAAAGAAGUUAACAGUUCAAGUAAUAUAAGGCGACAUAAACUAAAUUGUAACAAGAAAGGACAGAUACCAAAUUUUCGAACAUGAUGUGGAACUAUUUUGUAACGUGUAUAGUGCUAUAUGCCAACAUCAUCAGCAUACAUACAUUCGGUCUUACCGGCGGAAAUAAUUUGAACCAGGCCCUUGGACUUACUGGCGGAAAUCCACUGGACUCGACCCUUGGACUAUCUGCCGGAAAUGCAUUUCCAUCAGGCAUGGGCGCGAUGCAGAUUCCAGCAUACUUAAGAAUGGCUCCAUCCGUUGAAACAAUUUGUUCAACCCAAAGUCCAUUAUUAAAUCCCCGGGAGCGAAAUGGAUUACUUUCUGAUCUGGUUGGUAAAGAAAUUUCAAGACGAUCACGAUUUUUGGCAGCUAAUCCUAGUUUGGCUGGAACAGGAAAAUGGGCAUGUGCUGCCAAUUACUACAGUAAUGUUAUGAGAUACAGACCUAACGAGCUCGGAAAUGUUUUCGGUGACUUGAUAGAUUCAACUGGUUGUGAUGGAUUUACAUGUGAUAUGGUGAGAGGAGUUCGCAAAACAUCACCGAUGUCAAAUUUUUUGAAUGCCAUGAUGAUCAGUCAGAUGAUGCAACAACCUAACGCCGCACAAGUUCCAACAACAAGCCAGCAACAACCAACAUCAAAUACGGGUGGUCAACAACCACCAACAAAUGCAUCAAAUCCCCCAACCAACCCACAACCAACACCAACCCCAGCUCAACCCACCCCUUCUGGGACACAAGUUCAGCAAACCCCAGCAGCAAACAAUGGUUUAGAUUUGACCAGUAUGUUCAAUAACCCGGCAUUUCAAGAACAAUUGAUGCGUCUGGUUUCAAACAUGAUGAUGCAAAAUGGUCAAAUGAGCCAGAUGGGUCAGAUGAGUAGCCCAGCUGCUCCAGGUGGUUUUGGUUUCUUUGGUUAACAACAAUUAUACGAAAUAUAACUUACUUAAAAUAAAGUUACAGUAACAUUAUGGACAACGAAUAUCAAUUUUUAAGUUUAAAAUUAUUGUUUCAAUGAGUCUAAAUUUGGACUGAUUAAAAUAUAAAUUCUAC